ACAUAUAGAGAGAGAGUAGAGAUGGGGAGGUGGUGAUGUUGCCACCCGUCCCGGUCAGUUGCAGUCAAGACCGUUCGAGCGUUCAGACCUGCGCUUCACUUAGUCCCGUUGUCAAAGCCAAUUCAACGUCCCCCGGUCUGACCAGUGUGUACGUGCCCUGUGUUGUGUGUGUGUGUGUAUGUGUGUUGAAAAGCUGAACAAGAGACUCCGACGAGCGUAUCGAUAAUGAACAAUCCGCAUCGCACGCGAUCGUGACGGACAGUCGUCACAUGGUGGCCAUCAUCGGCAAUUGAUUUUAUUACUAUUUAAUACGUGGGGUUCCUUUCCUUUUUUUUUUUUGUGCGUGUCUUUCGAGCGCGGCAUUUCAUUGAUGAAAAAGGUGAACAUUUACGAGAGUGCAUAGGGGCUUUUAGAGAAAAAAAAAAAAAAAUUGAAACUUUAUAUUGGACUGGCAAGAUUAAAAGCAAAUGAUUGUGCUCGUAUAAAACGUGAUGCUACGAGUGAUGAUGAUGACGAGAUCGCCGCAUCAAAAUGCUCAAAACAAGUUACAAACGCGGUGGUAACGGUUAAGUAACAAAAAAAGAGAAGAAAAAAAAACAGGAGGAGAGGAAAGGUAAAAAAAAAAAAAAAUCUUUUUUUUUUUCGAGCGCGGAAGAAAAAAGGGCAAGAAUCGCGACGUCCGUUCCAGUUCGGAUAUAACCGCGACGGCCAGCGCUUCCCCGCCUUCCACACCUCCUCAAUUUUUUUUUUGUGUGUGUGUAAAAUUUCAAAGAUUUCCACGCUCUUCAUCUCAACACAGAAAGAAAAGAAUUCACAUGAGACGGACGGACUAUUAUCUCAUCUGGAAUCAGUGCCAAGCAAAAUUCUAUCGUGGACCCAAAGGCAAAACGACGCGAAAAAGAAGCGCGAAAUUCAAAGUGCACGUUACCGAUAACAGAUAACACUUGACAGUGUUCUUCGAUUUCAAAGAGAAAAUAACAAAAACAAACACGACAUUGAGUAACUUGCUUCUUCAUUUGUUCUGGGACGACGGACCAUGAGGCUAGCCAUCGUCUGCUUGAUUGCGGCAAUCAUGCUCGUCACUGCGGCCGUUGCCAGAUCUUCUACUAGUCACAAAGAGGGGAAACGUCAUCAUCAACAACAGCAGCAGCAACAGCAACAGCAGCAGCCACAAGCUAUCGAUCUGAUGAGGCAGCUGGAUCGCAGCUGGAACAACAUUUCGACGUUUCCUAUCAUUGGUGAAGAGGGCAUCACGCAAAGCAUAGCGCCUCAACCAACCACCACCAGGGUUAACGGAGGUGGUAAAAAGAAGAAAAGCAGUGGUGCAAAAAACAAACAAGAAUGGGACAAAAAGCACAAACGGAAGAUGGCCUCGCUUCAAACAAUGGCCGAACAAGAUCGUCGACUCUCUCUCAUGCACCUGCCCAGGCUGCCUGCCGCCACACCGACGUCUGCCCGAUUCGCGGAACAGAAAAGCCAAGCGACCGGCCUGGAAUGCUGCCCGACCGUUGUGGAAAUGGUUCAACCGAGUGGCGGAACCAACAUGGAAGGGCACGUAGUCGAAUUGUACCGGCACGGAGAUCUCGACCAGAGGAUCUACGAGCAUUCGUGCAGGCCGGAUGUGCUCAACCAGCCAUGCCGUUUCGUCGAAAAGCUUUUGCGUCCUCUUUCACGAUGCGUCCAGCAAUUCUCCUUCACCUACGCCGUCGUUUCCGACCAUCCAGCCGGCAACGAAUGGAGACUAGACUACAUUCGAAUCCGCAACGGAUGCGCCUGCGAGAUCCAACCGCCCUAGACGCGAACAGCACGAAACCUUUGCAAAAUUGCUUUGCCCACGAGCAAACCAUUUUUUUGUUUAUUUUAUUCUUUCAAAGACGUGGAGAGCGAUCAGCGAGACGCAUCGUAAAAGUGGUGAUGUCCUUUAAUCAAUUACCUCGUCGCUGGUGAUUACAGUCGCGAGCAAAAGAUUGCAAAGUCGUCCAUUAUUCAGAAAAGUUUUAUAGGGAAAACAAAUAAGGAGUGUUCAAAAAAAAAAAAAGAAAGAAAGAAAGAUGGUGCAAAAGUGUGGACACAAUAUAAAUUCCAAAAUGAAUUGUAAAAGAC